GUGUUGGACCAGCCCAGAGGUUGCGAUUCUUGGUGCUGACCAAAAGGAGCACUGCCUCUGGGGAUGACAAUGUUCAGGUGUAUAAAUGGGCAAUGGUGAAUUUAAUGCUGGGGUAACCCUGCAGUGGACUAGCAUCCCAUCCAGGGGGGAGUAGAAAUAUUGCUAGUUGCUUCAUGCUGCAGAAACCAAGAUAGGUUGCAGCCCAACCGGCCACUUAUCAUGUUUGCAGACUUAACAUACCAUUACAUGUACAUUGGUGUUUGAUGACAUUUUUCAAAAUAUUUUUUGCAGCUUCUAAGUGAAAUGGAGCUUGUCAGCAGCUCUCCUUAUAGAAAUGAAGUAGAAACUUGGUUGAGUCACCUGUGCCAUAAUCAACUAUAUGAAGGACACCGAGAGACACUUCUGAGGUUCUUAGAUGAAGUAUUCACUGCAGUAGCUGCUGAGCCAUAUGUGUACACAGACAUUGUAAUUGACAUGCAGACUGAAGCAGUUGCUCAAGAGGCAAAUGAGGUGCAGUUUGCUAUGGACUCUACUGAAUGGAAUUGGUCCUCUGAUAAAAGUCUGCCAGUGAGUCUACUACUUGUUGGAGCUUUAAAGCAGUAUUCACAGAUGCUCUCUAAGAUCAAUGAAUCAGAUGAGGAGACAGCAGUGGGUAGUCUAGGUUGCAUAGCCCGGUACAUGAAUUGUGUGAUCUUUGAUAUGAUUCACAGCACACUGAAUCCAGUCAUUCUGUGCUUCACUGUGCUUCAUUACUAUGGUAGCAUUGAACUGCCAGACCAUGUGACCGUCAUUAGAAGUUUGCACCAAGCCUUGCUGCAGUAUGUGAACUGCUGGUUUCCUGCUCCAAUGCGAGUGGAAGGUGUAACUGAUGUUUUAAAGGUAAUGUAAGGCCAAAAUUGGGUUAUGAGCACUAACAAAGUAUGCAAAGUUAUCUUUGUUUCUUUCCUUGAUUUUUUCCCUCUGCUAUCUUUCUGAAGAGAUGCAUGUAAGUUACAACUGUACAUGGAGGUAACUUGGAUAAGGAAUGCAUUGUAGAUGUGAAAUACUGUAACUGUCAAAUUUUGUCAUGAGCAACAUCAAAAUAUUAAUAAGAAAUUUAGUAAUAAAAGUUAAAUGAAGUUAUUGCCUCACAUUUGUGCACAUUUCCUGUCCUUGCUUUUCCUUUGAAUGACAGAGAAUUUCAUUGGAUUUUGCAUUGAGGCUGGAGUACAUUCACUUUGAAUUAUACAUGUAUCAAUGUUCAAACAGUAAUGUGCAGUAUUACUGCAUUUAAUAAAAAACCAUUUAUUUUGAAAAACA